GAGGGCGCUCAAGCGCCGACCCUCCGUCAUGCCUCGGGACGCCGGCGUGACCGAGUCGAAUCUGAGCAUCAGUACGGUUCGGAGCGACUCGCACGAUACCGAAAUCGAUGCCGAGGCCGAGCGUCUGUUGCUCAAGGAGAAAACUCUGGACUUUAUGAAGGGCCUUGUGGACGAGGUCAAGGGUAAGAUUCAGCCUGUGCCCAAGGCAAAAGUCAUUGGCUCGCCAAUUCUGAUCUACAAGAUCCAACAGAAGGGCACCAAGGACAAGAAGGCACAUUCGUCGCUGUGGGAAUGCUCCCAAGUUCGUGUGGCGCGAUACCUAUGUGAUUUCGGCAACGUCAUCCGCAACACCAACAAGAAAAAGACCAUCCGCAUCACCAACCACGGCGAGCGCCCAGUUUCGUUUCAGCUCGAAAAGCUCAAUCUGUCCGGGACUGGCUUCAGCAUCGAGCCCGAGAAGGUCAAGUCGCUACCGGGCGCUCCACACUAUGAAUCUGUCGAGUUUCAAGUGACCUUCCAAGCCCGGAGCCAAACAACCGAUCUCCGUGCCGGCCGAAUGGAUGGUCCACACCGCUGAGGGAGACUCGGGCCUGGGCGGUGCCAAGAAGAAGCAACCUCCCAAGAAACGUGUUGGUCAGCUCGUUGUCGACGACUUUGAGAUCCUGCCUUGUUCAGGGGUU